CGAGCGCGAGCGUCUUCAGUGUUUUUGCUGCCCGGCUUUCCGUAGAAAAGCGAAAGUCCUCUGAUGUCGAUGCCUCUGACUGAAAAUGCCUUAUACAAAACUGGUGUCGCUGUGCGCCGUGGCUCCGGGAGUCGCAGCCCUGGCGAGCGGCUCGGAGCUGGCUGCCGGUGAGGCGAAAAAGAAGAGCCAACAGUCCGCCCUGAGCAUCGAUGAGCUGCCGUCUCUGUACACCAGACCAGACCCAAAGCCUCUGCGCGUGGAACCAGAGGCAGGGCAGCUGGAGCAGAGCGUCACAUGGCUCAGGAAACGGGCCGAACCGUACACCAGCCAGUGUCUGCAAACGCUCCAGGCUGCAGCAGAGAAAGCUGAGCAAACGUACCGACGGGUGGAGCCGACCGUGAACACGUCAGUCACAGCCGUCACCGACACGUACCGGUUCCUCAGCGACCCCCCCGCUGACCUUUACCCCAGCGUAGCUGUGGUCGGGUUCUCCGGAUUCCUCGGCCUUUAUUUGGCUAAAGGUUCCAGAUUAAAGCGUUUGCUGUUUCCUGGUGGCCUCAUGGCUCUGAGCGCCUCCAUGUUUUAUCCUCAGCAGGCGGCUGCCUUGCUAAAGGUGAGUCGAGACUCAGCGUUCACCUGGGCUCAGCAGGGUCGCGUUGCCAUGGAAACGCUGUGGAAAGCUCCGUCCAGCAAGAAGAAGUCGGCGACGCCGGAGAGGAAGGAGGAGUCGGCCUCGAACAGCUGAGGGAAACACUUCCUGUUUCCCACGGAGACGUCCUUCAGGUCAGAUAUUUGGGUGUUAGGCUCAGAAACGUUCCAGAGUUAGCUCAUUUCCUCCCAACAAGCGGCUUCAUUCACUUGGAUUGCAGAGCGGUUCUGAUUCCAACCUACGGGUCGUCACGAUCCCGAGAAUUCUGGAAAAACUUCCCACGAGCAUCUGAGCUCUCCCAGACUCUGCUCCUGGUUUCUCCUCCUCCUGAGUCGCAAACACGAAAAGGUUUUUUACGUACUCAUCAGGCAGCUUCCUGAACAGCCUCAGUUCAGAGAAACGGCUACAGUCCUGGAUAAUUGUGUAAUUAUUAAGUUAUUUAUGUUUACAAAUGUGCCGCAUUUACUCAUUAAAUCUCAUAUCUAGCACGGA